UCUUUUGGCUGAGAAGGUGGAACAGCUGAUGGAGUGGAGCUCAAGGCGCUCGGUCAUCCGCAUGAAUGGAGACAAAUUCCGAAGAUUUGUGAAGGCUCCACCUCGUAACUACUCUGUGGUAGUGAUGUUCACAGCUCUCCAGCCGCAGCGGCAGUGCUCUGUUUGCAGGCAAGCUAACGAAGAAUAUCAGGUGCUGGCUAAUUCAUGGCGCUAUUCGUCUGCUUUUUCAAACAAACUGUUUUUCACAAUAGUGGAUUACGAUGAAGGGGCAGACGUUUUUCAGCAGCUGAACAUGAACUCUGCUCCGACUUUCAUGCAUUUUCCUCCGAAAGGUAAACCCAAGAGAGCUGACACGUUUGACCUGCAGAGAAUCGGAUUUGCAGCUGAGCAGCUAGCUAAAUGGAUAGCUGACAGAACAGAUGUUCAUAUCAGAGUGUUCAGGCCUCCUAACUAUUCUGGUACAAUUGCACUGGCUCUUCUGGUAUCUCUUGUUGGUGGUUUGUUGUAUCUGCGAAGAAAUAACUUGGAGUUCAUCUACAACAAAACUGGCUGGGCCAUGGCAGCUCUGUGUGUUGUAUUUGCUAUGACGUCUGGUCAGAUGUGGAAUCACAUCCGUGGACCCCCGUAUGCACAUAAAAAUCCUCAGAACGGACAAGUGAGUUACAUACAUGGAAGCAGUCAGGCUCAGUUUGUUGCGGAAUCGCAUAUUAUUCUGCUGCUGAAUGCUGCUAUCACCAUGGGAAUGGUACUCCUGAAUGAAGCUGCUACCUCCAAAGGGGAUGUUGGAAAAAGGCGAAUAAUAUGUCUGGUAGGCCUGGGUCUGGUGGUCUUUUUCUUCAGCUUCCUGUUAUCCAUAUUCCGCUCCAAAUACCAUGGCUACCCAUACAGCUUCUUAAUUAAAUGAAUUCAAGAGGGAUUCAUUCAGAGCUGCUUACCAUGAAGAUCAGCUAUAACUGAUAUUAUCUGCCCACCAAUGUUACAUGUAUUCAAGAAUCUUUUGUUGGUUCAUCUGUUUUUGUGAUAAUUUAUAUAGUAUGCUGAUAGAGAAACGAAUGCAGUUUUAUGCAAUGAAUGUGUAAUUUAUAGAAACAUACAGUAAACACAUCGUUGGGAAGCGCUAAAAAGUUAAGAAUAUGGUGUGCUCAAUAAUUUAAAUAAAGUUCAUUAUAAUGGC